AUGCCUCCGAAGAAGCGUACGGCCUCGGAGGCGGGCCCAAGCGCCCAGUCUGGUCCUGCAAGGGGCAACAAGAACAGCAAGAAAGCAGCCGGGGCCGAUGUCACCAACGAUGCAUCCAGCGAAGAACACGAAGAGCAGGAUGGGGACAAGGACCUCGAGAACCGGCCUCCACACAAGUACUACGGCAUGCCCCAGCCCUUCUUUGACGUGGAGAACGAGAACGAAGACAAGGACGAGGACGACCAGCUCGACGAGGACGAGAUCAUUGAGGCGUACAAUGAGGAGAUGCGCUCAGAUGACGGCCCUGCCAUGAAGCCCGCCGCUGAUUUCCCCGACAAUCGAUGGGUCUGCAUGUGGGAGACGUGGAAGCAGUACGCGGAUUAUAAGCGCCGCGCUACAUACACUGACCCGGACUCGUUCGGCAUGUAUAUCUACAACGACUUCCACGGGUAUGGGCUGCAGGAGCUGAUCGAGUCCAUGCUUGUCGCUUUCGACAAGGAACUCAGAAAGAAGCGGGACGAUGAGAAUCUGAAGCAGAUGUGGGCGACCACAGCGGCGAUGAUACACUGGCUCCUGGACGCCGAAAUUGGCCCGUGGCUAAUGACUGAUGAUGGCGAGAGGGUAUCGGCCACCGUCGGUUUCGUCGGCCGUGCUUUGGCCACAGUGCUCAACGAGCUUGACCUUGCCCAGAAAAUGACGGCUGAUUCCGAGAUCAAGGACCUAGGUCUGGUCAUGAGUUGCUAUCUUCAGUGGGUUAGCGUCGUCCAAGACCAAGGGUUCGACGAGAAGGAGCUGGAGUGGCGCAAGGAGACGGCAGGAUGCCAUGGUACCGACAAGAACCUCAGCUCCUUGGAAGAGGAGUACUGCAUCAUUGGCCCCCUCUCCGGCAAAGCCAAAGCCGAUAGAUGGAGCUGGAAGAAGAACUUCACACAGUUCAAGAAGGAAUAUGGCGCCACCGGUGGAGAGAAAUUCAACAUCCUCAAGAUGUCUCGCAAGGAGCGCGCCGAUCAUGCGUUCAGCAAAAAGGAUCCUCUUGCGCAAUUUUCCGACGAAGAUCUUCGAUCUGGCAAGAUUAUGCUGAGUAGUGGAUGA